UUCUUCAGGAUUCAUGUCAGUAUUUGUCAGUCAGUUUUUGCAACUCGUCAAGAGAUAUGUGUGCCUUAGUAAUCAGUCAGAGUAUAUUAUCAUGUGUUUAAUAAUGUUGAACUUUCUCAAUGUUCAGAUGCCGCCCCGUACGGAAUCCGAUCACCCGGCUCUUACUCAAGCUACAGUAGUCGCACUGUUUCGCGACUAUCAUGCUGAGAAAUUCUCCGGGCAGGGAAAUCCCCGUAUCGUGGACGAGUUCAUUCAGAACCUUAGAAAGGGAUUAAGUUUGAGAACUCCAGAUUCAAUUCUAGAUUUAUUCAAGUCAAUCAGAAUAUCAUCGUGUUCAAUAAUUUUGAACUUUUUCAAUGUUCAGAUGCCGCCACGUAGGGAACCCGAUCAUCCGGCUCCUACUCAGGCUACAGUGGUCGCCCAGUUCCGCGACUACCAUGCCGAAAAGUUCUCAGGGCAGGGAGAUCCACGCGUAGUUGACGAGUGGAUUCAGGGUAUGGAGUUUAUCUUCGAGGUCAUGGAGUGCCCUGAGAGAUAUCGCGUCAUUUGUGCUCAGCUUCAGUUCACCGGCGAUGCCAGGCUCUGGUGGAACGCUUACUGGGGCAUGCGUCCCGGCGAGAAAGCGGGAUGUACGUGGGAGAUGCUCAAGGAGUUGAUCCGUGAGAAGUACUAUCCCACAUACUACCGAGCAGAGAUGGAGCGUCAGUUUCUAUCGCUCCAGCAGGGUACUCGUACUGUCGACGAGUACGAGAGAGAGUUCACGAGACUUGCAGCUUUCGUCCCUGAUUUGGUCCGCACGGAGGCCCAGCGAGCGCAGCGUUUCAUUGACGGGCUUUACCCAGCA